UCAAAGUCCAAAUCAGCCGCUGGGUUUGUUACAAACACAGAGAGCCGAGCAGGCCUCAGAACUCUCUGCUCCAACAUGUCCUCCCUCAGCCUUUUCCUCUCAGAGGUGCCGGGCUGGGCUCUCUUUUCUGGAAUCUUCCUGCCCGUCUCCCUGCUGCUCAUUCUGAUGAUCGCUUACCUGAGAUGGAAACUGACGGAAGUGGACGCCGAGCUCUCGCAGGCCCGCCACCCCAGGGACACCGCCUACCGCCUGUGCCACUGGACGGCGCCAUGGAAACGGGGGCGGCGACGGGCGGCGGGAGGGCGGACGCGCACCUGAGAGACGGACGCGCCCCCGGGGGCCUCGCCCGGCGACGGGCGGCGAGGGCGGAUGACGCACGACGGGGGUCCCGAGGGAGGAUCCAAAGGAUCCAAAUCCAAAGGAAACGGAGACGGGCCUGGCGCCAAGGCCACAGAUGCUGAUCCACACGGCGAUGUGGAGCACACACACACUCACAGCGCCAUGGAAACCGCAUCUGACUCAGGUCGGACACUCGCACUCAACAUAACACGGGGGAAAGCAGACCCGAGCUGGAGAAGGCCAAGCAGACGGCCUUCGAGACCACACCCGGGCACAAAGCUGUGAUUACCGAAGGCCUAACAUCUACAAACAGGCCGAUAGUCACUGCCACAACUCACUUUUGCGAGUGUUUGUCAUGAAGCCACUUUUUUUUUUUUGUGCAUUUAAAAUGCGACUUUUUCCUGCCGUGUUUACUAUUUUGUAGGGGAAAUGUUUACAGAGGCUGUGACAGUCAGAAACACAGCUUAAAAUGCAACCUUCUUGACUGCCUCCGAGACAAGUAUCAAAAGAACAAACUACACAAAAGUGCCUGUGCAACAGCUGCUGUUGUCAUAACGAUACUGAAUGUUAUAAUAUAAAUAAAUAAAUACUGAACAGCAGAGCUACAGAGGAACCUUGCUUAACAGGAUGUCACUUUCUUUGUAACCCGUCUCUCCGACAGCAUCAAAAUACACUCAUAAUUUUUAUAUCUUACACUGAAGUAAACAAGCAAUCUAGUGCUUUUGGGAAAACACCAGUAAUUGCACAAUUAUGACGCUGUCUGUGAAACGCACAUCCACGGGAGGUUUGCGCGCGAAGAAAAGAAAGUCCAGGACGUCUGUCAAUAAUUAGAGAAUAAACAAACUUUUAUUUCAACUGUGUUACACUUAGAGGUGUGUGUGGGGGAGGGGGCAGUGGAGGGGUAAAACACAAGACAUCUUUCAAGCUGCUAAAAAUCUAAGAUUAUCUGCUAUACACAGGGUCCAAGAGCAAACUGACACCUUCAUUUGAGUUUUGGGGCGAGGGCGGUCAGAUUUUAAAGAGCGCUAAGCACAGAGAAGCUGCCUCCAUUACCUAAAAGGGGGGGGGGGGGGGGGGGGG